AGGCGUUCAAAGCCAGCCAAUCAAAUGAGCCCUUACUAAACUUCCUUUAGCUUCCAUCCAGUAAUAUAAAACCGACCGCUUGUCGGCGCAACAAGGAAGGGCCCACACCGCGGAAAGCAUUCCACGAAGAGUUUUCACUUGCUGCUUUUACGUUUUAGGUUUUCACAUUAAACUACCACCAUGUCAGACGCCGAGCAGCAGUAUAUGGAAACCUCAGAGAACGGCCACGAGGACGAUCUGAACGGAGCCGGGCAGUACGAGGAGGGCACCGGGGAAGCGCAGGCCGCGGCACCGGGAGACACCGGUGCAGACGACACGGCCGGGGACGAGGAAGACCCGCAGAAUGGCUCAUCGGACGGGGGACAAAUUGAUGCCAGCAAAGGAGAGGAAGAUGCGGGGAAAAUGUUUGUUGGAGGGCUCAGCUGGGACACUAGUAAAAAGGAUCUUAAAGAUUACUUCUCUAAAUUUGGAGAGGUGACAGACUGCACCAUCAAAAUGGACCCCAACACUGGGCGAUCAAGGGGAUUUGGGUUUAUUCUUUUUAAAGAGCCAGCCAGUGUAGACAAGGUUUUAGCACAAAAAGAGCACAGACUUGAUGGACGACAGAUCGACCCCAAGAAGGCAAUGGCCAUGAAGAAAGAACCCGUUAAGAAGAUCUUUGUCGGUGGCCUGAACCCUGAAACUACAGAAGAGAGGAUCCGCGAGUAUUUUGGUCCCUUUGGCGAGAUUGAGACUAUUGAACUUCCAAUGGAUCCAAAGACAAAUAAGAGGAGAGGGUUUGUCUUCAUUACCUUCAAGGAAGAAGAGUCUGUCAAGAAAGUUGUAGAAAAGAAAUAUCACAACGUCAGUGGAACCAAGGACACGACUGGAAAAGAAGGCCUUUGUGAGAUUAAGAUUGCACAGCCAAAAGAAGUGUACCAGCAGCAGCAGUAUGGAGGUCGUUUCGGAGGAAGAGGAAGGGGGCGUGGAGGCCAGGGUCAGAACUGGAAUCAGGGCUACAAUAACUACUGGAAUCAAGGCUACGGUAACCAAGGUUAUGGCUACGGCGGCCAACAAGGUUAUGGUGGAUACGGAGGCUACGGCAACUAUGAUUACUCGGGUGGAUACUAUGGCUACGGCGGCGGAUAUGACUACAGUCGUAAAGCUACCGAGCAGGAGCCAGCGGUCUGGUCACAGUGAACAUUGGGGUCUUUUACUUUUGGAAGUUGGCGGAAUCUGGACUUCUGCUUCAUUUUGUACAGAAAACAUAAGGAAUUGGGGGGCACAAAUGUCACUUCUCACAUUUGUUUUAUAAUUUUUUUUUUUUUCGUUGUGUCCUUUUUACAUUUCCAGAGAUGGAAGUGUUAUUUUUUUACUGUACUUUUUGGUACCUUUUUGAAUCUAAUGUUAUUGUGUGGUUGUAUUUUACAUCAUGGUUGUGUCUACCACAUCUAGGCUCAGAGCUCUCAAAAUGCUUUCAAAAUAAGCAGGUUGUUAAUUUUUCUUUAGUGCUUCUAGAUUAUUUUUUUCCCCUGUGUCACCUGUGCUCUGUUUUGCAAAGUUGCAUGGCUUCAAGAAGAGAUAAAAAAGGGAUUUCCUUCCGAUUGUAAGCUUGUCCAUUGAAAUCUGUUAGUGGCCAGUCUUUGUGACUACCCUAUUUUUAUUUUUUCUUAAAUUUUUUUUCCCUCUACUGCUUUUAGGGAGAUUUCCUCCCGUCUUGUUAGAUAUUUAAGAGUGGCUUUAAUAGUGAUUCAACUAUACCUCAAGACAUACACAGGUAACUGUAACAAGAUUCUUUCUCGAAACACUGGAUACACAUUCCUCCAGUGUCUUGGACAAAUGUCAAGAAAUAAACUUGAUUUUUAAGA